AUGAUAAUCAUCAUCAAGGUCAAUUCAAAACUCCACACAAUCAUGUACGUUUUCCUGAGUCACUUGUCCUUUGUAGAUUUCUGUUAUUCCACCGUAGUUACACCGAAACUGCUGGAGAACUUGGUUGUGGAAGACAGAACCAUCUCUUUCUCAGGCUGCAUCACACAAUUUUGUUUCACUUGCAGUUUUGCAGUGACAGAAACUUUCAUGCUGGCAGCGAUGGCUUAUGACAGUUUUGUGGCUGUUUGUAACCCUUUGCUCUAUACCACUACUAUGUCUCAGAAGCUUUCUGCUCUUCUGGUGGGUGGGUCUUACACAUGGGGUAUAGUGUGUUCCCUGACACUCACAUAUUUUCUUCUUACACUGUCCUAUUGUAAGUCUAGCAUCAUAAAUAAUUUUAUCUGUGACCACUCUGUAAUUAUUUCUGUCUCCUGCUCAGACCCCUAUAUCACCCAGAUGCUAUGUUUUAUUAUUGCUGUAUUCAGUGAGGUGAGCAGCCUGAUGAUUAUUCUCAUGUCAUAUAUACUCAUUUUCAUCACUGUUCUGAAGAUACCUUCUGCAAGUGGGCGCCGGAAAACCUUCUCCACCUGUGCCUCCCACCUGACUGCCAUCACCAUCUUCCAUGGAACCAUCCUUUUCCUUUACUCUGUUCCUAACCCUAAAACUUCUUCGCUUGCAGUUAAAGUGUCUUCUGUGUUUUAUUUUUUA